GCCAAACAAACGGCUAAAGGAGCAAAAGCAUCAACUAUGGUACGCACUUGCUGUGUUGUCGGUUGUAAUGUUAGAUCGCACGGAAUAAGCUGGAAAAUGCGCUCUCUUUUUAUUUUUUCACCACCUGGAAGCAACGUGAGGGAGCUCAUGUAUCGGAUGUUACCCAAAGAAGGCGUGUAGCCUGGAUAGCAGCUGUGAGACGAGCUGAUAUCCAGUUCUCUACCAUCCGAAGAUAUCUGUUGGUGUGCUCCAGACAUUUUCAUUCAAGGUCCAGCCAGGCCAAAGGUCCAUCGUAUGCCUCCACCCACUGACUCCUCCUAAAAGAGAUAAUCAGCUCUCCAGUGCGUCUACGAUCCAGCUUCCUCUCUGCUCCGGUUUGAAACCUUGCAGAGCUCUGGAAGACUAGAGAGGCUUACUGCUCAAGACAGGACUGAGAGGGGAAACACAGGUAAUGUGAAGGUGCACAAAGCUGAAGCUACUAUGGACAGUCACGUCAUACAGAUUUCCCGAGAUGACUUGGAAGAUCUAAAAGAAGCCUUCAACAAAAUCGAUAUUGAUAACAGCGGCUAUGUGAGUGAAUGGGAGCUUCAGGAGCUGUUCAAAGAGGCAAGCCUCUCCCUUCCAGGCUACAAGGUCCGAGAGAUCGUCGAGACCUUCAUCGCUGGAGAUACAAACAAAGAUGGAAAGAUCAGCUUUGAGGAAUUUGUCUCUAUCUACCAAGACCUGAAGAGUAGACAGAUCAGCGAGACAUUUAAAAAAAUUAUAUCACGGAGGGAUGGGAUUCGUUCUUUUGGAGGAACAUCGGGAAUCUCUAGCGAGGGAACCCAGCAUUCCUACGCUGAUGAGGACAAGGUGGCUUUUGUAAACUGGAUCAACAAAUCUUUGGCAAAAGAUCCAGACUGCCGACAUCUGCUGCCCAUGAACCCUGACGAUGAAAGCCUCUUCACCUCCGUCCGCGAUGGCAUCCUCUUAUGCAAGAUGAUCAACCAUUCUCAGCCAGACACGAUUGAUGAAAGAGUCAUCAACACUAAGAAACUUAACACCCUCAAAAUGACAGAGAAUCUGGUCUUGGCCCUGAAUUCAGCCUCAGCUAUUGGGUGCACGGUGGUGAGCAUGGAUGCCCAUGACUUGAUGGCUGGAAAACCCCACCUGGUUCUGGGAUUGCUCUGGCAGGUUAUCAAGAUUGGCCUUUUCGCUCACAUAGAAAUCAGCAGGAACGAAGAUCUGAUUGCCCUUCUAGAAGAUGGAGAAUCACUGGCGCACCUAAUGUCUCUCCCACCUGACGAGCUGCUGCUCCGCUGGGUCAACUAUCAUCUACGCAAUGCAGGAAUGGAAACAAUCAGCAACUUCAGCGAAGACAUCAAGGACUCGCGGGCCUACUUCCACCUGAUGGAUCAGAUCACUUCCUGUGAGGAGGAUGAAUUCCAAAUGAAGAUAAAAAUUGACAUGAGCGGCCUCAAUGAGUGGGAUUUGGAGAAAAGGGCUGAGCUGAUGCUGCAGCAGGCGGCCAGACUGGAAUGCAGGCAGUUUGUUACUGCUCGUGAUGUCACUUCUGGAAACAGCAAACUGAACACGGCCUUCGUGGCCAACCUGUUCAACAUGCACCCCGGUCUGCAGAAGUUUCUGAUGAACGGAGGCAAUUUAGAGCACAUAGAGAUGGAGACCAGAGAAGAAAAAACAUUUCGCAACUGGAUGAACUCUCUGGGUGUUUCUCCACAUGUGCACCAUCUUUACCAUGACCUGCGUGAUGGCUUGGUGAUUCUGCAGCUUUAUGAUAAGGUCAAUGUGCCUGUGAACUGGAAGAAAGUCAACCGCCCUCCUUAUCCUGCGCUGGGGGCCAAUAUGAAGAAGCUGGAAAACUGUAACUAUGCUGUGGACCUGGGCAGGAAUGUUGCCCGCUUCUCCCUGGUUGGAAUUGGAGGAGUAAAUCUAAAUGAGGGGAGUCGUGUACACACCUUAGGGCUGGUCUGGCAGCUGAUGAGGAGGUACACAGUUCAGGUUUUGUCCGAUUUGGGUGAUGGAGAGAGGGUGGUAGAUCAAAUCAUCCUGGACUGGGUCAACAAGAUGCUGAGCCAGAAUGGAAAGGACACACAAAUCAGCAGCUUCAAGGAUAACCUGAUCAGCACCAGCCUGCCAGUGAUUGACCUGAUUGAUGUAAUUGCUCCGGGGAUGGUCAAGUUCCACGUGGUGGCAAGAGGAGAAAAUGGAGUGUUGAAGAAAGAUGAUAAAAUCAACAAUGCCAAGUAUGCAAUCUCAUUGGCUCGUAAGAUUGGCGCUCGUGUCUACGCUCUGCCUGACGAUUUGGUGGAGGUCAAACCCAAGAUGGUGAUGACUGUGUUUGCCUGCCUCAUGGGGCAUGGUAUGAAGAAAGCCAAACCCUGAAGUGGGUACAAACAACAUUGAAUGAAGAUGAAAAAAUAUAUUUGUAUUUUACUUUUAAAAAAUUAUUUUUAUUCCUUUUCUUUGAGUUUUAACCUCGCCAUGCGUACAAAACAAAAACAGUCUAGCAUUGUCUAUUAUUCGUUUGCAAGAAAAAAAAGCUGUAUAUCAUUUUCCAUCAAUAAAGAUAAUUCUUUCUUUUAUACGUGAUUUUAUGGAAUAUUGUUCUUUGCUUUAUUAUACUUAACCCAUUCUAUUUACUUCUUCUGCAAUAUGAGCCAGAGAUUCGGCAGAAGAAAAAGCAGAAUUGUACACACAUCUGUUCUAUCAAAUACAUUUUAUGUCUGUAAAUGUUGUUCAUUAAAUAUUGCUAUUUAAUUAAUAAAGAGAAUCUGUUAAAUGUA